AUGAAGCGGAAUAAUCCCUCUUCAAGAGGGGGGAGAGGCAGGGGUUCACCCCAAAAUCAAAAUAUUCAGAGGGCUUAUAGUCCUUACGAAUUUUUUGAAAAUUCAAAUCUUGAGCCAAGUUCAUGGAGAACUAUAGCCAAAAAGAACUACUCUAGUAGUCAGGCUCAAAGCCCAAGCCCAUCUAAAGCCUUUUAUAAAGGCCUGGUCAACAAUCUGAUAAAUGAAGUUAAUCAGGAAGAAAAUCCUGAGCCCUUCUCAGCUAUAGUGAAAAAUGAAGUACAAUGGACUCCUAAAAGGGGAUCAGAGACGGUUCUAUAUUACUCCUCCUUCCGCCGUCCUGACCUCUCAUCCCUCGUCUUCUCUGCCUCCCCCUCCCCAGACCCCUUCCUGUGGAACUCCAUCAUCCAAUCCCAUUACUCCAACUCCCUCUUCUCCUCCUCCCUCUCCCUCUGCACCCGAAUGCUCUCCUCCGGUCCCCACCCCGACCAUUUCACUGUCCCCAUCGUCGCAUCCUCCUGCGCCGAGCUACAACAUGUCGUGUUCGGAACGUCCAUUCAUGGGCUUUCUGUUAAGCUUGGGCUUUCUGGUGUUGGGUCAGCCUUGGUGUACAUGUACUCAAAGUGUGGCCUUGUCUGGGAUGCGGUUAAGUUGUUCGAUGAAAUGCGUGAGAGAGAUGUAGUUGCUUGGACGGCCAUUGUGAUUGGUUGUGUGAGUAAUGGGAAGAGUGAAAUGGGUUUGGUUCGUCUUCGUGAGAUGUGUCAGGGUGGUGUCCUUCCGAGCUAUAGAACCCUGGAGGGAGGGAUUCAGGCGUGCGGGGGAUUGGGGGCGAUAAUGGAAGGAAAAUGUUUGCAUGGGUUUUCUUUUAAGAUUGGGACUGAGGGAUUUCGUGAUAUUAAAUCGACAAUUCUUGCGAUGUACUCUAAAUGUGAGAGUUUGGAGGAAGCGUGUAGGGCGUUUAGGGAGUUACCCGAGAGGGAUAUCGUGUCGUGGACCUCAAUUGUGGGUGUUCAUGCUAGAAAGGGGCUUGUUAAGGAAUGCUUGGAGCUAUUCCGAGAGAUGAUGGACUCUGGGAUGGAACCCGAUGGAGUUUUUCUAAGUUGCUUCCUUGCGGGCUUUGCUAAUGGUAAUAAUGUCUAUGGAGCAAAGGCCUUCCAUGGGAUUAUAUUAAGAAGAUACCUUGAAUUGUAUAAAUUGGUUGUCAACUCUUUGAUUUGCAUGUAUUGUAAGCUUGAGCUGCUGGAUGAUGCAGAAAUUUUUUUACAUAUGACGAGUAGUCAAGAUCUGGAGUCAUGGAACUUGAUGGUUUCUGAAUAUUCAAAACGAGGUCUGGAUGCCAAGUGUUUGGACCUCUUUAGGGAAAUACAUUUUAGUUGUCCAGGCAUGGGUUCUGGUAUCAGUAGCGUGAUCUUUGCAAUCUCAUCAUGUUCCCAGUUGGGUGCAUUGCUUUUAGGCCAAUCUAUUCAUUGUUACACAAUAAAGAGUGAAAUUUGUGGAGACCCAUCAGUUUGCAAUUCUCUCAUUACCUUAUAUGGUAGAUGUGGGAGACUAGACCUUGCAAGAAGGAUUUUUGAUAAUUUGCCUAGAGAUGUUAUUACUUGGAAUUCAAUGCUUUCAGCUUAUGCACAAGUUGGACAUUCUAACGAUGCUUUAUCGCUGUUUGACCAAAUGCUCUUUGAGAAUGUGAAGCCUAAUUCCACUACUCUGUUGAUUGCUCUCUCAGCUUGUUCUCAUGUGGCAGCCCUACAUAAAGGAAAAUGGAUUCACGAGCAUAUAAAGGAAUUAAGACAAGAGUUUGAUGCAUCUCUUUACACUGCCCUCAUUGAUAUGUAUGCCAAAUGUGGGAAACUUGAUACAGCAAGAGAACUUUUUGAUUCUAUGCUUUAUAGAGAUGUUGUUACUUAUAACGUAAUGAUUUCAAGUUAUGGGAUACAUGGGAAUGCUAGAGAAGCACUAGAGAUAUUCGAGAAAAUGGAAAGAAGAGGUGUGAAACCUAAUGGAGUCACAUUCCUUGCUCUUCUUUCCGCUUGUAGUCAUGGAGGAUUGGUUGAUGACGGUAAGAAUUUGUUUGAUAUAAUGCAAAAAACCUACUCUAUUGAACCAACAUUAAAGCAUUAUUCUUGUAUGGUUGAUCUUCUUGGUCGAUCUGGGAAUCUUUACGAGGCUGAAGCGCUGAUCAAGUCAAUGCCAAUUGAACCUGACGGAGGAAUUUGGGGAGCCUUGCUUGGUGCCUGCCGAAUGUAUAAUAAUGUUGAGAUGGGUGAGAAAAUAGCAAAUUUAGCUUUUGAAUUUGAUCCCAAGAAUGAGGGGUAUUACGUUCUGAUGUCAAAUAUGUAUGGUUGCUAUGGGAGGUGGAAAGAAGUGGAGAGCUUGAGAGGAGUAAUGAAGUGUAGGGGAGUGAAGAAGAGGGCUGGUUGGAGCUCGGUUGAGAUGGAAGGAAGAAUUCAUGUAUUUGUAGUGGGAGAGAAGUCUCAUAUACAGUCUGAGGAAGUAGAUUUGGUGCUUGAGGCUCUGGGAAGGAUGUUGGAGGAAUAGAGUUAUUUCACAGAGAAGAAAAAUGGAGAACUUAUAUGGCUUGUAUAAAAUUAUGAAUCUGAAAAAUGAUGGCAGCUGAUGAUAUUCUUUCCUACAACAGAGGAGUUUGUUCAUGUGUAUCAACACGGAAACCAUCACAUAUGUGAUCUGGUACAAAGAAGAUCCUGCAUCUACUGUCUAACAACAAAGCAGUGCUAAUCGAAUGGUAUGAGAAGAAUCAUCAAAGUUGAGCUAGACCAAUAAGGAACAAUCAGAUUAACCUUACCUUUUUUAAUGUGCUGAGCAGGGAGCUAAAGUAUUAUCAUCUUUCUAGAGAACUACUGUGAUGACAUAUUGUGAACAAGGAAGCUGUUGCAGAAGCCAAAUGAUAUUAACAUCAGCAAAAUAUGGUAAGAUAUUGCUUGUUAUUGUGUCAAUGUUAUUUUUAUCCCAUAGAAUCUAUACAGGGGUACUCACAUUGUCUUGCAGACUGUUGAUUAUUUUUUAACUUGACAAAGAGAUGGAGCCUAAUUUAAGUCUCAUUGUUUAUGGAACUCGUGGCUUUUAUGAACUCCCACUGUUACCUAUGUCCUAAAGAAAACAGAAUGCACCCGUUGGAAGGAAGAGAACUUUCAAGUGGAUCAGAUCCACUGCUUAUAUGGUUGUCGAAAGUAAAGGAUGAGAUCAGUACAAUAAUUGCCUGUUUUUGGGUUGAUCAAAGAGUUACCAUCAGUACAAUGGCUCUUGCAGAUUGUUCUAUUGGCGAACAUGGACGUUCAAUAUCUCUAUAAAUACAAACGAUAGUUAUAAUGCAGAGCAUCAGAAUGUAUCUUCAAUCUGCUGAAUGUAUCUCUCAAUGCAAAGUUUUGGAGUUCAAUAUGUGUGAUAUUCAUUGCUUAACCGCAUAAGAAUUAGAAUCCAAAUUCAACCAAAAUAUUGAUAAUUAAUUUUAUUUGGACAAUAUGCAGUUCUGUUCACUAAAAAUAUCCAUUUCUUUCCAAGCUACUCUGGCAUGUAAUACGCAGAGGGGACUGUAGUCUGAACAAGUUAGAAUGAUUUGUGUUUGUGUUUAUAGGACUCAAAAAACUACAAUGCAUCCACUGCCAUCCUGGUAAACAUUCGCCAUGUAGAUUUGCAUCCAAUUGAAGCAU